CCACGAAAUAUAAGGAACAAUUUCAAACUUCCAGUGAUGAUAAAACCGGCAUGAAACAGAAGAAACAAUACUUGGAAAAGGAAAAUGAAGAGAAAACUGCUCAAACUCUGGGUACUGUCCGAGAAGAUUAUUUACCAAUAGAGAUUUACAGUAGGUCAAAUCAAGCAUGGCCAAAGUGUGACACCCAAAGCCCCGAGCAGAAUAUUGGACAAAAAAGGAGCUCUUAUAUGUCUGAAACUUCAAAGGAGAAGUUGUACGAAGUAAAAAAAGUUGGAAAAUCUUGGCUUCUUGGUAAACCCGGAGGAAAAUUAUAUGUCUGCCCACUAUUAUCGAAUGCAACAGAAGUAGAAAUUUCAGACAACUUCAUUGAAGCUGAUGAUAAAGUUUAUGAAAUUAAAGAAGACGAAUUUGAACAAGUGUGUCUUGUAAGUGUUGAAGAAAUACCUAUUUAUAAUCAGCACAAUAGUAACAGAGAGCCCAUGGAGUCUCGACAGAGGGAAUCAAGUUCCCCUAGUUUAAUAUCUCAAAGAAGAAGCAGAGGAUGGUUCCAAUCACACCAACAAGAAACACUGCCUCAAUAUGCAGAAAACCUAAAUGAAAUGACAAUUACAGAUGGAUCAGAGAUCGGGAAGAAUGAGGACCAGUACUACUUAUUAGAGGCAGGUCAAACAGAAGACUCAAGUUUGAUAGAAGUUGCUUUUCCUGCAAAACAGUGAAAAUUUUUAAAACUUGAGACAUCAAAUUGUUAUUUUUAUGAAUUUUCUUUACGACUGAACGGAUUUAAGUAAGACUUCAAAUAGAUGUUUCUGAUGAGCACUCAUGGUUUUCAUGAAAUAAUUGUUGCACUUAUAUUUAAAGAAAUAUCUUAUCAGGAUUUCGUUUAAAAUUAUCAUUUUGUACUCUACCCUCUUUCUAUCGCGUGCAUCUUCCUUUCCAAUAUAUUAAGUUUGUUAUUUAUUAUCAUAACUCUCUAGAAACUUACAGUUAAGGAAUUGUUUUAAACUAUAACUGAGGAUUUGUCUAAAAAAUAUCAGUUAAGCUUACAUAAGUAUGACAUGAUUUUACUUUUUACUUAUUUUUUUAUUCGUUACAACAAAUAGACUGUUACAAUUUGAUAUUUCACAUUAGUUUAUAUCAAUGUUAAGUUGUGCGAUAGUUUCGUUUUUUUAUUCAGUAAGACAUGAAUAUACUGUAAUUUGCAAACAACCGUUUUUUACGGCCAAAUAACCUGUCUUAAUAGUAUAUUUCAUUCAUAAACAUGAUUUUACCAGACAGUCUACGGAGUAACAUGGGAAGUCAAUGGCAGUUGUGGGAUAGAGGAAUUUCUGACCAUCCAUUAUGAAAGUGAAAAGGGAAACUUUGGAUUAUUUAUUUAUUCAUACAGCCAUAUAUUAAAGUUUAUCUGCCAGGACUUAUAAAGAAAAUAAAUAUACUUGCUCUCAGCUUACAACAUAUCCUUAAAAAGUAUUCUUUCAUGAAUGAUUGGAAAAGAUAAUAUCAUAUCAUGAUCGAAUGUAAUACAUGUAUUUCUACUUGCUAAUCUAAAGGAUAUUUAGAAAAUUCUAUCAAAACAGUCGGUAAUGAAUUUUAUAACUUUACCGGAUAUAAAACUGUGAACCAAAUUUAAGCUUGGUUUCUUUUGUCAACCUACAAAAACUCAUUUCAUUUAAGAUGAAAGGGAGUGCAAAUUGAUGUAAUCAACAUAUGGUUCCUUCAUUAAAGGUACGUAUUGCAGUUC